AGUAUGAGUGAUUUACAGCCCUCAAAGCUCGGAACCAAGGAACAUUGGGACAGUGUUUACGAAGAAGAGCUCGCGAAUUUCGAGGAGAUCGGAGAUGAAGGUGAAAUCUGGCAUGUUAACCGAUCGUUUGGCACAGAGAGUGUAGAAAAGAUGGUCGAAUGGGCCCUUGAACAUGUUCCUUCUUCGUCCAAUGCCUCAAUCCUCGAAGUGGGUAGUGGAAAUGGAACGCUGUUGUUCGGCCUCCUCGAUGCUGGCUACGACCCUACUACGCUCUCGGGUAUAGACUACAGCCGAGGCGCGGUUUCCCUGGCGAAGGAAAUCGCCAACAAAAGGCGAGGAGACGCCUCAAUCAUCUCGUUCAGCGAAUGCGAUUUUCUGAAGGAUGAACCUAAAGUUUUGGAAUCCACACAAGGAGAGGGCGAACCUGGUGUUUGGGACGUCUUGAUGGACAAAGGCACCUACGACGCCAUUGCUUUAAGUCAAAAAGACGAGAAUGGGAAGUCUCCCGUAGAAAAAUAUCCAGGACGGGUGACGAGGUUGUUGAAGCCAGGAGGGUACUUCUUGAUAACUUCAUGCAACUUCACAGAGGACGAGUUAAAGGCCAGCUUUGCGACAGAAGAGACGAACCUUCUAUACCACUCACGGAUACAACAUAAAACUUAUACGUACGGCGGCAAAAGCGGCAGUAUUUGCUCGAGUGUAGCUUUCCGAAAACGUCUUCCAUAA